CUUACUUUCUUUGGAUGAAUAAAGUAGUCAGAAAUUUACGGCAUCUGAGAUAUCGAGGAAUUGUGGGUCGUUUCUGAAUUAGUGUUUUGAAGGAUGAAGAAACGUCGAGUGGUAGUACUGAAGAGAGAUUGCUCCAGCAGAACCUCUAAUGGUAAUACCUCAUCUUCGGUCGUUAGAACUGUACGGUACGUAGAGUGCCAAAAGAAUCAUGCGGCAAAUAUAGGAGGAUAUGCGGUGGAUGGAUGCCGGGAGUUCAUGGCGAACGGCAUGGAGGGCACAAAUGGUGGGUUUACAUGUGCCGCUUGUGGCUGUCAUCGGAGUUUCCACCGAAGGGAAGUGGAAACCGAGGUAGUUUGUGAGUAUUCUCCACCUAAUUGAUCGAUCCGUUCGUUAGAAACGGAAUGAUUCUUUUCAUCGUUGUAAAUUUUCCCCAAUUAAUUGAGAUAUAUAAGCCCUCUUUCAAAGAGAAACUCAAACCUUUA